CCUCAGUUACUCUUGUUCAUAACAUCCUAGUAAAGAAUAUGGUACUCUCUAGUACUCAUGAUGUUCAGAAAAGUUAUGACAAAAUGUGUGAGUUAAAAGCCUUUGAUGAUACAAAGGCUGGUGUCAAAGGGCUUGUUGAUUCUGGAAUCACUAAGGUACCUCAAAUAUUUAUUCUACCACCAAAAAAUAGGCCGGGGUUGUCGGAUACAAGUGAAACACAGUUCAUUUUCCCAGUAAUAGACCUUGAAGGCAUCGACGAGGACCCAAUCAAGCAUAAAGACAUUGUGGACAAAAUUCGAGAUGCAUCAGAGACAUGGGGUUUCUUCCAAGUGGUUAAUCAUGGCAUUCCAACAUCUGUCCUGGAAGAAAUGCUGCAAGGAAUACGGCAGUUUUUUGAGCAAGAUGUCGAGGUUAAGAAACAGUAUUACACUCGAGAUACUACGAAAAGGGUGAUUCAUACUAGCAAUUUUGAUUUGUAUAGCCCUUCUGUUCCAGCUGCAAAUUGGAGAGACACACUUUUCUGUUUAAUGGCUCCUAAUCCACCCAGUCCACAAGAAUUGCCAACAGCAUGUGGGGAAAUACUAAUGGAAUAUUCUAAGGAUGUGAUGAAAUUAGGCUGCUCCUUACUUGAAUUAUUGUCAGAAGGUCUUGGUCUUGAUCGUUGCCAUCUCAAGGAUAUGGAUUGCGCGGAGGGGCUAGGUAUUUUGGGACAUUACUAUCCAGCAUGCCCUCAGCCAGAACUCGCAAUAGGCACCAACAAACAUUCUGACAAUGAUUUUAUCACAGUGCUUCUACAAGAUCAUAUCGGAGGACUUCAAGUGCUUCACCAGAAUCAAUGGGUUAAUGUUCCUCCUACACCUGGUGCUCUUGUCGUGAACAUCGGAGAUCUUCUUCAGCUCAUAUCAAAUGACAGGUACAUAAGUGUUGACCACAGAGUAUUGGCAAAUAAAGUUGGACCAAGAAUAUCAGUUGCAAGCUUCUUCUACACAGGUUCACUGCCAUCUUCCAAGCUUUAUGGACCGAUUAUUGAAUUGUUGUCGGAAGAUAAUCCUCCAAAAUAUCGUGCAACCACAGUGAAAGACUACCGUGAGUACUUCCGUAAAAAAGGUCUAGAUGGAACUUCUGCAUUGUCGCGUUACAGGAUCUAAUCCUAAUGUAAAAUUGAAUUUAUCAUUAGAACUGAGAAUUUUACUUUCCAUGCUUGUUUUGAUGGUUAUUACCUAUUGUAUUGUAACCUAUUGUUACUUUAAAUACAAUGUUUGUUUUGAUUGUUA